AUGGCGGACCAUAUCGAAGCUGCAAAGCAGGCCUGGCACCAAGCCCAGAAACUUCGCAAGCACCUACAGAAGGAGGUCGAGAAGCUCAAGAAUGACUCCGAUGGCAACGACCUCAAGCAUUUCGAGGCCUUGGAGAGUGUCAUUUCCUCUCUACGCCUCGCCUGCCUCCACGUCAUUUUCCACGAUUUCGAGUAUUCCGCCACCGAAAAGGUCGACUCGAACCUCUGGCAAGCACAUAGCAUCGUCAACAGCGAAUAUCGAAAGGUCUUGGGCCGUCUGAGAUCGUCACAGCUCGCCGUCCAGAAGCGCAAGCUCGAUAGGAUGUACAGCGGCUUCUUGAAGACGGCGCAAAAAUUCUACAUUGCAUUCGUCCAGCGUUUGUCUGCCGUCUACCCGAUUCCCGAGCUUCAGCGCAUCGCUGAGGGCAUCAAGGCCGAGAAGCUGCCGGAGGAGAACCCAAUGGCCAAUACCACGCCGGCCGUCCGCCAAAUCAUCCUCAAGUACGUUCACUCGGCGCUGAUUCACUUGGGCGACCUCUCUCGGUAUCGGAUGCAGGCACGCCACAAGGUCCCCAGCUACGAGGCCGCCCUGACCUACUAUUCCCUCGCCCACGACAUUAUCCCAACCUCGGGCUUCGCUCACCACCAAAUGGGCAUCAUCUUCCUGGAUGAGAAGAAGCAUUUGGAUAUCAUAUACCACUUCUACCGCGCCCUGGCUAUCGAAGAGCCCCACCCAAUGGCAUCCCAGAACCUUGAGGCUGAGCUGAAGAGCCUCCAGGGGCCUGUCACGCCGGCACGUCGCACCGGUCCUCCCGAUACCCAGGAGGCUUUUGUAGCCUGGUUCGUUCGUCUGCAUUCUCACUUCAACAAGGGCGAGGUCUUUUCAUCCUACCAGGAGCUCGAGAAGGAAGUGAUCAAUCAUCUGGAGAUUGCCAUCAAGGCCCCCAACACUUGGCCUAUGCUCUUGAAGAUGGUCUUGCUCAACAUGUCUGCCUUUUACGCUUCUAACAAGAAACUCAGCAGCAAAUGGACCGAGGCUGCUUUGCGGUCAUCCCACUUCGUUCUGCGUCUGAAUGCCCGCUUCUUCAUGACCUUCUGUCGGCUUCUCAAGAAGGAACUGGAGAAGCUUAUUGAAGAGCAGGCAUCCGGUGAACAAGAUGGCACUGCGGACAAAGUUACGGCUUUAACAGAAAAUACUCUUCCAUUCGUUCGCCUGUACGCUGCCUGGCUGGUGGCCUGUCGCACCGAGAUCAUGGGUGCCCAAGAUACCCCUGAGCUCUUUGUAAAGGACAUGUACAGAGGCUUUGCGAAAGCACUGACUGGCCUUUGCGAAAUGUACGGCAACGAGGAUCUCAAACUUGCCCCGUACCUGCUCGCCGAGGAUCAGGAAGCUAUAGGAAUGCUUCCUCUCUGCGAUCCACAGCUGCCACAGAGCUGUCGCCUCAACUACGACGAGGAUACCGGAAGCCUGAAGCCGCAAGUCCAGCACUACAACGGUCUGAAGCUCGACGCUCUUCAAGAGACCUUUUCCAGGGUCUUGGACACGAUAAAGUGCGGGUUCUUCCUUGCCAACAAUGAUACGAAUUUUCCUUUCACCUACACCUCGUCGCCGACUGGGCUCACCUUUAAGUAUGAGGAGGACUAUAAGCCAAAGCCUUCGAGCAUCGCCGCCGCUCCUCGGCCAGCUGUCGAUAAGAUUGCAACUGCCGAGGUUUCUAUCGCGCAUCGCGAACGGCCUGUCGAUAAGAUUGCAACUGCCGAGGUUUCUAUUGCGCAUCGCGAACGGUCUCGGCAUUCCGGUCGCGUUAGAGAUACACCUUCAAAUGCGGCACCGUCCGGGGCACCGCCCGGAGCACCCCACAAUGCAGCACCGCCGCAGGUGCAGUCGCAUCCGACUCCAGGUCGCAAUCGAGUCCAUGGCCAAUCCGAAUACGACCUGAGCUCCGACGCUGAGAUGCUUCAUAUGGUCAACGACUUUCUGAUGCCUCCUCAAGCUCACGUGUCUCCCACAGAGAGCCACGAGGAUACUUCGUACGGAAUGAACUCAGCCAUGGCCAACGAGAUAUUUGUUGCGCCUCCGACCAACAGCCCACCUGCACUCGGUUCCGCCACAGCCAAAACGUUCCCAAGCCUUCCGUGGAACAUGAUAUACACCCCGACGCCUCAGGGCAAGAACUCGGAGCUGACGCCGCCAGACCGCGCCAUUAGAGAUGCAGCUGCUAGGCGGUCCUUUGAUGGCACUGCCCACCUACAGAGAAACGUCUCGGUCUCCAGCCAUGUCAUGUUUGAUGACCCCUUUGCGGAUCCUCGCGAGAACCAUUACCUGUCUCGACAACAGCAGCGGCCCUUCGCCAGUACUCCUGAUAUCACGUCCCAUCAAGACCGCCUGCUGCAGGCAUUUGGCAAGCAGCGGGCCGACUCAAGAUCCAUGAGCCGUGACUCCUCAGGAGCAGGUUACGGUUUGUGGGGAAGCCCACACACAGAACUGAACCCUAACGCGUUGCAGCCCAGAGUGUCGUCUGCUCAUGCCCGCUCGUUGAGCAAUUCUCAACCUCAGUUCUCCCAGAGCCCCAACAUGGAUCAUAUCGCUACGGAGAGCUUUUCACCGCUUUCAGGAACUCAGUUUUCCAAUGCAAGCGGCAUCUACCAGGGCACUCCGUGCAAUGGUAUCAACUAUACCGCGACCACGGCUUUCGGAAGAGGUCCCAUCGCCGACAUGCGGGAGGAUCCUACCCACUACAAGAACAUGGUCAGACAGAACGGAGGUGCCGCUACUGACGGCUACACAGCCGGAUACAACGACAUGAUUCUUCAGUCAGCCAUGGCCGACGAGAUAAAGCGCGCUUCGGGCCAGAACACACGUCGUUGA